CCGAAACGGAAACGAAAUGACUCUUUCACCCGUUCCUUCAAAACCACGGCGAUGUUUAGUUCCACCGCUCCAUCUCUCUCUCCGUUCCCCCCUUUCACGUUUGAAACCCUAACUCGACAGCCCUCAUUGAAAAUUUCGCACCAUUUUUCGCUUGGAUUGUUCAGCCAUCGUUGUUUUUCUCCGGUUUGGAUAUUUAGAUUGUUCUGAAGAGGUAAUGCUUAUGUGGGGUUCUUGACACACUAAUUCCAGUGUUCAUCUGGCAUAUCUCUAGUAAUAUAAUGGAUCCAAAUUCUACUGAUUCCCCGACAUCACCUACUGUUAAGUCCUUGGAAACUAAACCACCAGAAGCACAGCCUCAGGCUUCUGCUACCAUUGGAAUGAAUAAUGUAGCCCCUGAUUCACCAUCUAAGCCAUCUCCCAGUGGCAUAACUUCAUGGACCAAAAGCUUGAGAAUUACUCAAUCACAGUCAGCUUCACAAGAUGGCACGUCUGAGAAUGCUGGGAAGUCAGCAUUUGCACGUUUUACUAGUGGUUUAGGUUUGAAUUUGUCUCCGAAAUCCGCUGCACCCAAUGAUUCCUCUGAUGGAACCUCUAAACCUGCCCAACCCGGUUUUGUGGGAUCAAUUACAAGAGGGUUGGUUGAUUCUUCUAAGAGUGCUGUAAAGGCUGUACAAGUUAAAGCUCGUCACGUUGUCUCCCAAAAUAAGCGACGAUACCAGGAAGGUGGAUUUGAUUUGGAUAUGACUUAUAUUACUGAAAACAUCAUUGCCAUGGGUUUUCCUGCUGGUGACAUGAGCUCAGGGUUUUUCGGAUAUGUUGAGGGUUUCUACAGGAAUCAUAUGGAAGAAGUCAUCAAGUUCUUCGAAACACAUCACAAGGGAAAAUACAAAGUAUAUAAUCUUUGUUCCGAGAGGCUAUAUGAUGCUUCGUUAUUUGAAGGAAAGGUGGCUUGUUUUCCUUUUGAUGACCAUAACUGUCCCCCAGUUCAACUCAUAAUAUCAUUUUGCCGAAGUGCUUAUUCAUGGCUGAAGGAUGAUAUUGAAAAUGUAGUGGUUGUGCAUUGCAAGGCAGGAAUGGCCAGGACCGGCUUGAUGAUUUCCAGUCUUCUUCUGUUUCUGAAGUUCUUUCCCACUGCUGACGAAUCCAUCGAAUACUACAACCAGAGAAGGUGUUUCGAUGGCAAGGGCCUGGUUUUACCAAGUCAGAUUAGGUACGUCAAGUAUUUCGAGCGUAUUUUAACACACUUCAAUGGAGAAAAUCCUCCCAACCGCAGGUGCGUGCUUAGAGGGUUUCGUCUCCACCGAUGCCCAUAUUGGAUCAGGCCUUCCAUUACGGUAUCUGACCAUAAUGGUGUUCUGUUCUCCACUAAAAUGCAUCCAAGAAUCAAGAGUCUCUCGCCAGAAGAUUUUUGGUUUACUGCACCAAAGAAGGGGGUAAUAGUUUUCGCCUUGCCAGGGGAGCCUGGUCUAGCUGAGUUGUGUGGGGACUUCAAGGUUCAUUUUCAUGACCGCCAAGGAGACUUUUAUUGUUGGCUAAACACAACCAUGACUGAAGAUCGGAAAAUGCUCUACACAAAUGAUCUUGAUGGGUUUGAUAAGAGGACACUGCCUUCCCCUGGAUUUCAGGUGGAGGUUGUUCUAGUAGAUACCUCGCCGAACAAGGACAAUACUACCAAGAAGUUGGAUGAAGGCUCAGGGUCAAAACCUUCUACAGUUCAUGAGAGUGAAGUUUCUGAGAACCAAAACAGAAAACCAGGAACUAAUGAUAAAGAUGAUGUAUUUUCUGAUAGUGAAUCAGAAGGUGGUUCUUCAAAGGGCAAGGAGGCAACUGCAGGAUCAGCUGUCAAGACGACAUCCAAAUCUCAAACGACUGCGACUUCAUCAGACGAUGUUGCAAGUUCAUCACAUGCAACGAAGCAAGCUUCCCUGAGAGAUGGUAGAGCGAAACAGACUGCUCUCACAGAAGUUCCGAACUCGGAAAGUGAAUUCAAGGCAAUGGCUGCUGAUGCUUCUGUUUUCACAUUCGGCGACGACGACGACGACGAGAUUGAGUAAAUGACAAGGCAAAGUGUUGUUCCCCUCCAAGCCACAGCCUUGCUGUCUGUACAUAAGAACCGUGCUGCAGGUGUGCAUUGAGAUUCAUUCAUUUGAGUUGUAAAUUCAAAGUCUGUCUCAGAAGCUGGUUUAUUAUAGAAAUGAGAUUUUAGCAUGAAACUGGAAAACAUGUAAAAAGAAAUGAUUUUAGCAUGAAACUGUUCUAUGAAGUUCAAUAAAGCUGGGUUCAAUAAGACUGUUUGACA